UUCGUAAUGGCUGUUUAAAACUUUUUUUUUCAUAAUGUUUCAACGAAUCCACAUUAAAAUUUACUUAGUAAUUUUAGCAUUCUCUCUUAGUGGUAUCUUAAUUUUAUUUGAAAGUAAUUACACGGAUAAAAAAAACUAUCGACCAGUGAAAAACAGGAUUUGUCUACCGAAUUCGAAGAUAGAUGUUGACAAUGAUAUUCAUCAGCCUCCCUCCGCAAUGAAGCCUGUAGAACCUGGUGAAACCCUCGUCAUUGAUAAAAUAAUUCAAAGGCAGCGAUUAGUGAUUGCAUCAGAGUAUGGUAACAGUAAUUUUAGUGCAAGUAAAUUGGAGGAUCUGCUACUGGAGGCGGGAGGGCAGCCCGUGCGCAGUCUGAUCAUAUCAUCUUUUCGCUCCGGGUCCACAUUCCUAAGUGAAAUACUUAAUACUGUUCCUGCCAACUUCAAUUUCUAUGAACCUUUAAUAAAAUAUUCAGCGAAACAAGUAAGGGGACCUCCCGGUGCCACCGAUGCCGUUAACAUACUCAAAAACAUGCUUAAAUGUAACGUAGAGGGAAUGCGUGAUUAUUUAAGUUUUGGAAGGGGACAUACUGUGACAUUCAGGCGAAAUCCAAUACUAUCGGGCAACUGUAAACGUAAUAAAUUGUGUGAGGAUGCUCGUUAUACAUCGAAGUUUUGCAAAUUGUUUCCCUUCCAAAGUAUGAAAGUGGUGCGUUUGAGGUUGAGACUCAUCGAGGAUAUUUUGCAGGACAAAGAUUUCUCCAAUCUGAAGGUGGUGCUGCUAGUCAGGGACCCUCGUGGAGUGCUGAGCUCCCGCCAGACACGUUCCUGGUGCCGAGUCUUUCGGGACUGCUGGGACCCGGCGGUUGUGUGUGCAGACAUGGCUAGUGACUACGUGGCACUCACUCGCUUGCAGACAAAGUUCCCGAACCGACUCACGGCGGUGCGUUUUGAGGAUCUAGCGCUGAACUACACUCGCGAGACGAGAAGACUGUUCCAGACCCUCGGGAGGCCCAUGGGGACAGGAGUAGAAGACUACUUGAAGGCUCACACCAACACCUCACGAGACAAAAACGCCUACUCCACCUACAGGGUGUCUCACGAUGUACCAUUCCAGUGGACAAAUGUACUCGAUUACCGAUUUGUCAGUGAGAUACAGGAGAUGUGCUCGGAGGCGAUGGCCCUCUGGGGCUACCGCGCGGCGCUGAGCGCGAGGCACAUGCGGAGCCGGCACUUCCAGCCCGUCGGCCCGUAUGACGUCACUCAGGGCGUGCCCGUCAUCUGACUCAUUAGAACUUUUAGAACAAUCAUUUUAUCCUGCUUCUCUAUCACUUAUAAGUAUAGUAAAGUAGUUUUUCGCAAAUGUAUGUGUGUUAUUAUGUAUGCUUAGAUCUUUGAAACUUCCUAGGUACUUACACAACAGAUUUUGAUAGGUACGUUUUUAAAAGAUAGAGUGAUUUAAGUGGAAGAUUUAUAGGUAUUAUGUUAUUUUUAUCUGGGAAUUCCAACGGGAAAACCGUUUAGGGCGAAACGAACCUUGCGGUAAUAGCUGUAAGGUAGUAUACUAAACUUAAUCUUAAAAUAGGAACCGACACUGAAUAGGUUAAGUACCUUGAAUUUAUUAAGUAAGUACUUAAUUAAUACAUUGAAUAAUAAUGAA